AUGGGCCGUGCCACUCCACUUGUGCGCAGCCGCAGCCUGCGCUGCCUCUGUCUGCUGCUACUCAUGUCAACACUGUGUGAUGCUGUGUCCGUGACCGCAGGAACCUCUGGCCGCAGUCACAGCCACAGCCACAGUCGCCGACGCUCUGGCGGAGUUGGCGCUCAGACGCUGGAGGAGCAAUCAGACUCUGUGCCGGACCAGCUGGCACUCGCAGGACGCACCCACACCAGACGCGGCUCCAGCCAUACGGUGCACCACAGCAGACCCAAAGAGGCGAACAACAAAGAUUAUGCCUACGGGCAGGUGGAACUGAAUCUGGUGCGACCCGACUCUGAGGCUUUGUAUCCCAGCAGUCUGAGCACGACCUCAGCUUCAGUCGGUAGUGCCAUUCGGGUGGGUUCCGCUCCAUCAGCAGCAACAGCAGGAGCUUCGAUUAACCAACAGGACACAAUCACGCUGGAGGAUUCGCAGAGUGCCGCCGAGUAUGUGGCAAACGCCAUUAAGUUGGCCUACAAGCAGCCACAGAUACAAUCGCAAGCACAGGCAGCGCCCAAGGAGCCGCAGGCCACCUCCGAGCAGCCGCAACGCGAUGCGGAACGGGAGCGACAACUCCUGGAGUUGCACAUGCAGAAGGAGCUGCAGGCGCAGCAGCAGGCACAGCAAGCGCCCGCACCCGUGUACGAGAAGGAGCCGGUGACACGCAGCUAUGAUCUGUACGAACAGGCCGAACCCUCGACACAGUCCCAGUCCCAGUCGCAGUCCCAGUCGCAGUCCCAGUCCCAAGCUCUAGCCCAAUCGGGGGAGAUCGAGCGGCAGUAUCGGACAAAGUACUACAAUUAUGUGCCGUAUCCGGCGCCGCAGCUGUACCGCAAUCUGGAGGCUGAGGCCGAGGAGAAGGUGCGCGUGUCCGCCUCCACGGAGAUACCCAAGUCGGAGAUCAUGAAGCAGAUCGAGAAAUCGGUAAUUAAGUACAUGAAGGAGCUGGAGGCGGAGGGCAAGAUCCUAAGCACACCACAGGAGCAGUCGAUGCCGCCGCCGCUGAUUAAAACCUACUACAAGCCGGCUUCUGCCUCGAUGUCUGUGUCCUCGGCAUCUCCAUCCUCCGCGUCAAUGGGCUCUGCCUCAGCGUUAUCCUCGCUGUCCGAUGAGAAGCGUUACAGCAGCAGCACGGUGAGACCAAAGUACACAGCAGCGCCGGGACAGGGUCGCCAGCAUCAGUCCUCAUCGACCUCAUCGUCGUCGUCCUAUCACCACCAUCAUCCCAGUGGCCAUCAUCAUCAGCCGCAACAGCAGCAACAGCAGCACCAGGGCAAGGCUCAUCAGCAUCUCCACUCCCAGUCUCAGUCUCAGUCUCAGUCCCAAUCCCAGUUGCACUCUCUAUCCCACGCACAGGGAAAGCCCGCCCAAGUGCAGCACUUCCAGUCGGAGACGGAGACCGCCUAUCAAGCGCCCGAUCUGCCCGUGGACGAGCUCAGUCCGAAUGUCGAGUUCAUCUACAAGAUCAAGACGCGUGCCCCGCUGCAGACGGCAACCGUGAAGACGGUCUCCAAGCCCUACACACUGCCCCUGAAGAACACGGAGCACUUUGAUCAUGGAGCUGCCCUCAAAAACAUCGAAGAGUUUGAUCUGUCCCAUGUGGUCGCUGGAUCAGAGCGGGAACGGGAGCGGGAACGGGAGCGGGAGCGGGAGCGUGAUCGGGAGACGGGAGAAGAGCUGCUGCAUCACCACCAGCAGCAGCAGCAGCACCAGCACCAGCACCAGCACACGCGGGCAACCAAUGGGAAGCCACACAAGCUGUACUUCAACUCGGACAUCUAUCACGACAUCAACUCGCUGCCUUUCAAGGGCGGCGACAAGGGACGACACGAUCCGGAGGCGGAACGGGUCAUCCAGGAGUACCGGCACAAGCUGAAGGCAGCCGCCGGGGAUCUUCAUCCGGACUACAAGGGCUACACGGGCUACUUUGCCGAGCCGGAUCCAGAGUCGGAGCGCGAGGAGCGAGAGCAGGCGAAGCUGCAGCUGCAGCUGCAACUGCAAUUGCAGUCCCAGGAGGAUGGUUAUCCCAUAGUCAAUCCCUAUCCCUAUCUGCUGAAGAAGGAGCCGCUGGGCGCCUCCAAGUACGAGGAUGAGCACGAAUCCUGGCCGGAGCAGCCGCUCCGCCUGGUCCACACGCACGGCCACCCACUCGGCCACAGCCAGAGCCACGCCCACGCCCACGCUCAUGCCCAUGUCCAUGGCCAUGUCAAGAGCCAGCACAAAGGGCAGCAAGUCCAAGGUCAGGGUCAGGGUCAGGGUGUUGGGAUCAACAGCAGCCUGGAGUACGACAGCUACAGCCCCCGGUUCAAUAAUAAUCCCGAGGGUUACGGCUACCAGCACACGUACAAGGGCUCCUCUGGCGGUGGAGGAGGAGGCGCAUCAGUUCCAUCCGGUGGUGGUGGCAAGCGUGGCAAGCGAGGCGGCAGCGGUGGCAACCUCCAUUCGAAUCCGGGCAAGAAGCAGCUGCGAACGGGCGGCGCCGCCAGUGCGGGUGGCGAUCUGGAGGCCAGCCUCGCCCUGAGGCCCCCACCCAAGAAGUAAUUCUACCCCCAAGCCCCCUUUCGCCCCAACCCUUCAUAGCUGAUUUUAUGCAACAUUUUGUUGAUUGUUGAAAGUGUGCA